GUAUAACUUGGGUUUUGAAAAACCAUGGAUAUAUGAGGGUUUUAGGUUCAUUAUGGAUUUGAUAAACACAAUUGUUUGUUUGAUGGAUUUCAUGAUGGAUUUUGUUAAUUAAAUUUGUAUGUAUGAAGUAUAAUUUACCUUUAUUGCCCUCAAUGAUAUAAGAAGAGAAAGCAAAUGUGAAGGGUAGGUUGGUAAUAAAUGAUGGACUUCAAAAUCCAUAAUCAAUUCCCAUCUAAAUAGGUGGAACUUUCAAGUCCAUGAGAUUCACCAAUUUGAUAUCUUAAAGUUUAUGGGACCCACGAAUUUGUUUCACCCAAAUGCAUGAUACAAACAAUGAAUUUUGGACAAAAUCCACGAUUAAUUCAAAUCCUUCAAACAAACAAGUCCUAAUGUGAUUGAAGCAAUCUCAUUUCAUCUGUCAUCACGCUGCCGUAUAGCAGAAAAGUUUGGACGGAGGAGCGGCUGCGGCCCCCAAUAAUCUCCUCUCAACUUAGAACGCGCAAUCGUCUUUCCCCCACCAAAGCCACCGCCGGGACGCGGAAGCCGGAGAUACUAGUAUUCGAUACCAAUCACGCGGCCAGGAUUUCUCAUCUCCGAAAUAAUGACGGACUACGAAGGAGGAAGGUACGAAGCCGACGAUUUUAACGACAAUAUCAACAGCAACGGCGGCGAUGGCGAUGGCGACUACGCCGCAGCUGCUAACGCCAGCGCUGGCGUCGCUUCCCCUCAGCCACGAGGCAGUGGCCACGGCGCCGCGGAUGACUUGCGCGAUUCUAGAUCUCUGGUACUCGCGCACACUUUUUGCUUCUUCUUUAUGAUGCCGUACUUCUUGGUGUUUUGAGAUUAGGGCUUUUCCGUGGGAGGUUUGGGUGGAUGCUGUUAGUUUGAUUGAAGAGUUCUGUUGAUGUUGUCUGAAGCCCUUAGUGACUGAAUUAGGGUUUAUUUUUCCAUAAUAGAGAAAGGAAGACGGGUGUUUUCUGGGUUGUUAGUGAUGAUUUUUUGAGAAUUUAUACCUUAAAUUAUUGUUUCAAUGGAGAAAAGGUAAAUUUGGUUUCCUUUGCUGCUAGAGUUUGUUAGGUGUAGUUCAGGUAUCCUUGCCCGCGAGUCGCUAAACUAUCACGAACUUUUUCAAAUCCCCGCAGAAGUUAGGUAAAACGAGUCUAUGUGUUUUUUUAAAGGCGAGUAUUAUUGAUCACAGCAAUGAUGUUAACUUGGAUCCCGAUUAGCUCACUGACUGUUGGCAAUAUAAUUUUAACGGAUGGUUGCUUUCAUGUCUUAAAGCUUUCUUACUGCAAUCUUAUCCUUAUGCAUUGUGUUUAUUGGACUCUGCAGCAUGAAUCUCGAGAUCGUGAAAGAGAAUCAUCAAAGAGUAGGGAAAAGGAAAGAGAAAGAAGGCGUGACAAAGAGAGGGAUCGAGACCGUGAAAGGGACAAGGAUAGGGAGAAGAGUAGGGACAGAGACAGAGAUCGGGAGAAGGACCGUCACCACCGUGAUAGAGAUAGAGAUAGAGACAGAGAUAGAGAUCGGCAUAGGGAUCGUAGUGAACGAAGGGAACGGGGUAGAGAUAGAGAUGACGAUGAGGAUCGUCCUCGAAGCCGGGAUUAUGAGAGGCGCAGAGAUCAUGAUAGGGACAGAGAAGAGAGACGCAUACGUAGCUCACGAUCUCAUUCCAGGGGUCGAUCUCCUUCUAAGGGUAGAUCUGAACAGAGAUCAAGGUCACGCUCUCGAUCACGUUCUAAGAGCAAAAGACCUAGUGGUUUUGAUAUGGCUCCUGCUGCUCCUGCGAUGUUGCCUAUCCCUACUGUCACAGGCCAGAUUCCAGGGGCCAAUCCUGCCCUCGCUGGAAUGUUUCCCAACAUGUUUCCGCUUUCGGCCGGUCAGACAUUUGGAACCCUUCCUGUAAUGCCAGUACAGGCAAUGACACAGCAGGCUACCAGGCAUGCGCGGCGUGUCUACGUUGGAGGCCUUCCUCCUACAGCUAAUGAGCAGUCUGUUGCAACAUAUUUUAAUCAAGUCAUGGCAGCUAUUGGAGGAAACACAGCUGGCCCAGGUGAUGCUGUGGUAAAUGUGUACAUAAACCACGACAAGAAGUUUGCGUUUGUGGAGAUGAGAUCUGUCGAGGAGGCCAGUAAUGCAAUGGCCCUGGAUGGUAUUAUGUUUGAGGGAGCUCCAGUGAAGGUGAGGAGGCCAACUGACUACAAUCCAUCUCUAGCAGCAGCCCUUGGCCCUAGUCAACCAAAUGCCAACCUCAACUUAGGUGCAGUGGGUCUAACCCCAGGUUCUGCUGGUGGACUUGAAGGUCCAGACCGUAUAUUUGUGGGCGGCCUUCCCUAUUACUUCACAGAAGCCCAAGUUAGGGAGUUGUUGGAGUCUUUUGGGCCGCUCCGAGGAUUUGAUUUGGUAAAAGAUAGAGAAACUGGGAACUCGAAGGGUUAUGCAUUUUGUGUCUAUCAAGAUGUUUCAGUGACAGACAUUGCAUGUGCUGCUCUGAAUGGAAUUAAGAUGGGCGACAAAACGCUAACCGUUAGACGCGCCAACCAGGGUGCGAAUCAGGCUAAACCCGAGCAAGAGAAUGUCCUAUUGCACGCCAAACAGCAGAUUGCUUUGCAGAGACUCAUGCUGCAACCAGCACCUACGAAAGUUGUAUGCUUAACUCAAGUUGUCACUGAGGACGAGCUGAAAGAUGAUCAGGAGUAUGAAGACAUCUUGGAGGACAUGAGAAUAGAAGGCGGGAAAUUCGGUGUUUGCCCCCUGAAACGUGGAGUUCAGUGUAAUAUGCUGAAUGUAGUCAUCCCCAGACCAAGUCCUGAUGGCGCUCCUUCGCCCGGAGUUGGCAAGGUGUUCUUGGAGUAUGCUGACACUGAUGGUGCUUCAAAAGCUCGAGCCGGCAUGAAUGGCAGGAAAUUUGGUGGGAAUCAAGUGGUAGCCAUCUUUUAUGCAGAAAACAGAUUCCAGGAAGGUGACUACGAUGGAUGAGAUGGGAUUUAGUAGCUGUAUACCCGCUAUGUUAUUAGGUCAAUGAACCCUUUUGACGGGUUAGGAAAGGUUGGAUGUUUUGGUAAUGAGGAGAACCCUAGGUUUGUUUUUCUUUUCUUUUAUCAUUGUUUCCCCCCAUUUUUCCUGAAUCAAAGAGAGUUGCUAGCAUUGAGAGAGUUUGCUUAUAUUACACAGUAGAAUGUGUUUUGACUUUUGAUUGGACGGGAUGAAAUAUGCAGAGCAUGUAGAAUCGUGUUUCGACUUUCGAACCUAUGCUAUUUUUGUGCUGAAGACCAAUACAUUUGACUCUUGCUU